AUGAUGACGAGACGGAGCAAUAUGAAUGCCGUUCAGAUAGCAGAGGCGAUGAUCACGCGGCAAGGCGAUAAGCAGAGCUGGGUGAACGCAUACCGAACAGGAGAGGUACUCUUCGUCGACUGCCACUCCCUCGACUCCUCCCCCCAACCCCCCUUCGACCUCGGUUCCUCCCCCGACCUCGUCUGCCACCCCUUCGACUCCUCCCCCCAACCCUCCCUCGACUUCGGUCCCUCCCCGUCGGCUUCGGAGUGCCCCCCUGCCCCCUCGGCUCAGACCGUUACCAACACCGUCACCCAGACUGCCACCGUCACCGGCCCUGCCCCCAGCAGCACCGUGUGCAUCUGCAAGUGUGACGCCCCUGGCGCCAAGCCCAUGCCCAAGUUCGAGCUCUAA